GGAGAUGCAAAAACAAGUACAGAGCUCACUAAAGAAAAAAUAAAAUCUGCUCUUUCGUCCAAAGAUGCUUCCUAUAUACUUGAAAAGAUCAGUUGCAACACCGAGCGUGUCUUUAAUAAGACCAAAGACCAACAACAACGUAAAUUUGAUAAACUAUUGCAGGAGAAACAGUCCUCUGUUUCGACGACCAAUGCACCUUGUAUUGACAAGAACAAAUGGUUUAUCAAUUUAUCCUCAAGGUGCUUAAGCGACUGAGGUUUUGCUGCUGCAGAAAGGGUUAAAUUUCUCAAUAAUUACUCCAACGAGCAUCCCAGCCACUGAGAUAGUUGCCAAAGUCGAGUCUGCUAUAAUACCACUUGACACAGAACAAGCCGACUCAGUCAAAAGAACUGUUAAUAAUCUUCUCCAAAAGGCACAGCCACCUUAG